CAACCCUCAAAAAAGAGUAACCUUCAAAACCUCUUUCUCUCUCUUAGCUUGUGAUUUUGAUUUUGGCUUUCUCUUCUUUCUCUGUACUUUUCUCGGAAAAUCAAUCAUCAGUGGCUGCUCAGCUCAUCAGAGAUUAGGUUUUUGUGAAUGGUGGAAAUCUUAAGGACUACCAAUUUGAUGCGCUCGCUUUCCCAAUCGCGAGCGAGCGCUCUUCUUCUCCCUUUCUCCGCCGCUUCUGCUUUCGCUUUCGGUUCCUGUAAGCAAGGCUGGUACUACCGCUGCCUCGGUCUCGACCCCUGAGCUACCUUCCACCAUCCAUCAUUUCUUCCUUUUCUUUCUUUUCUCUUUUAUCUUCUCUUUCUCUUUUUCUUUGGAUUUUGGUCGCUUGAUCAUUUCUAGGGAUUUGAAUUUGAUUUUUUUUUUUUUCAAUUUUUGGGGGGUUUUUUUGAGUAUUUUUCACGAUGUUGCACUAUAAGCAGAAGAAGACCCAAACUAGCAAGGGCAACAGGCUCUUGAUUAGCGUCACUGUGCUUGGUAGCGCCGGACCUCUUAGGUUCGUUGUUAAUGAGGAAGAACUCGUUAAUGCUGUAAUUGAUACUGCUUUGAAAUCGUAUGCACGCGAAGGCCGUCUUCCGAUUUUGGGCUCCGAUCUUAAUGAUUUUCUUCUUUACUGUCCAAAUGCUGGAUCUGAUGCUUUGAGUCCUCUGGACACAAUUGGAUCGCAAGGGACUCGAAACUUCAUGCUGUGUAAGAAGCCACCACCACAGCCGGUGAUGAAGAAGUUGGAUGAGAAUGAUAUCAAGCUUAGUGUAAAGGAAAGUGUUCCUACUGCUGCUCGCAAAGGAAACGGUACAUGGAAAUCAUGGCUCAAUAAAUCCCUUAACUUGAAGAUUUCUUCUCAUUGAUGAAAUCAAACAAAUUGAGAAACUUUUAUAUGUCUCUUUUGAUUUCAUGUUCUUUUUUUUAGGAGGAUAUUUGAUCAAAUUGUUGUUGGUUCUUAUUUGAUUUUCAUAACAAUGAUGAUGAUAAGUUUGUUGUUUUGAUUUCUUAUUUCUCUUUGCCAAUUGUGUUUAAGUUGGUUUAUUUGAAACUGAAUGUUUCUUUCUUUUCAAGAAAUAAAAUUGAUCAAUUUCUUCAUACUCAAA